CCCGCCAGCCUUUUGCUCCUUCCUUUCAUUAAACAAACAGGAGAUCCUGAAACCUGGACCCUCUGCUAGCGGCAGCGCGAAGAGGAGGCGGAGGAGGAGGCAGAGCGCGGGAUGUGCGCAGAGGAGGAUCUGUGAUCCCGCGCCCCCCCCCACGCGUGCGCGCACACACUCACACACCCGCACUCACACAUACACACACACUCGCACAAACACACACUCGUACACGCCCGCGCCGCGCGCUCUCUCUCCCACGCAGGCGGAAUGCAGCAGAGCCUGGGGAGCGUGUCUCCGGCCGCCGACUGAAUGCACCUCGCCUCCAGCAGCGGGACUGCCCAGUAGGGCGCGCGGGAGGACGCUCCGCCACGAGAGCCUGGCCAGUUUUAGACGGUGCAGCCUUGCUACAUGGUGUAAGAAAUGGCUGUAGGAAACAACACUCAACGAAGUUAUUCCAUCAUCCCGUGUUUUAUAUUUGUUGAGCUUGUCAUCAUGGCUGGGACAGUGCUGCUUGCCUACUACUUCGAAUGCACUGACACUUUUCAGGUGCAUAUCCAAGGAUUCUUCUGUCAGGACGGAGACUUAAUGAAGCCUUACCCGGGGACAGAGGAAGAAAGCUUCAUCACCCCUCUGGUGCUCUAUUGUGUGCUGGCUGCCACUCCGACUGCUAUUAUUUUUAUUGGUGAGAUAUCCAUGUAUUUCAUAAAGUCAACCAGAGAAUCUCUAAUUGCCCAGGAGAAAACAAUCCUGACCGGAGAAUGCUGUUACCUGAACCCCUUACUCCGAAGGAUCAUAAGAUUCAUAGGGGUAUUUGCCUUCGGACUUUUUGCUACUGACAUUUUUGUAAACGCCGGACAGGUGGUCACGGGGCACCUAACCCCGUACUUCCUGACAGUGUGCAAGCCGAACUACACCAGUACAGACUGCCGAGCACACCACCAGUUCAUAAACAAUGGCAACAUUUGUACCGGGGACAUGGAAGUGAUAGAAAAGGCUCGGAGGUCCUUUCCCUCCAAACAUGCCGCUCUGAGCAUUUAUUCCGCCUUAUAUGCCACGAUGCAGAAACUGAGCCCCAGAGAAAUAGGUAAGAACCCACAGUUAGACCUGGGACCCAGGCUUCUGGCACCCUGUCGGGGAUCCUCCCACUGCUCACAACAGCACUCUUUGCCAAAGUUCCACUGGUUCCAGGACAGCAUACAUUUCUCACACCUGCCUGCAAGUUUGCAGGUGUGGGCAUUAAUGUGAAUGGCUGCGUGGGUGGUGCAACAGACCCGGGAUAAAAACACAGCUUUCCUCUGCUCCUCCCGACACUCUUCUUCACCGUUUACCCAGAACAGAAGGGUGAUCCUACCAGAUCCCCAACACCCAAAAGUUCACUUGUCCCUGCUCCCCAAAUCCUACAGGCUUUGACUGCCCCCGCUAGUGUACAAUGUUCUCUCUACAUUGUUUGCUUUCGUCACAGAGAAAAACUAAAGUGGGUCCCACAUCUUAAAAUACAAGAAGAAACCAUGCUGUCCCUUUUACUUUCCUACUCUUUAAUUGCAUCCAUUUUGGAAAUGACUUCAUCUCCCCUUUCUGUGGCCUAUGCUUCCUUAGAAACAAGAGCACACAAGUAGAGGGAUCAGCUCAAAGGCCGAUAUCCUAUGCAUUUCCCUGGGGAAGAACAACUAUUGGUCAAAAACACAUCUUUUCCUUACUUGAACUUUAUGUUCCAGGUAGGACUAGUCUAGUGAAUCUCAAUGGAAGGGAAGGAGAAGGCAGAGGAAAGACCCCUUUGAAAUAAUCCUUUCUUCCCAGAGGUUCUGAGCAAGACUCGCCCCCACCCCCCAGGAGAGCAUGUUCCCACCCCCUCAAGUGAGAGUAACUGCACUCUCUGCUGACAGUCUGCCUCCAGUUGAAGGGCGUCCCUGCCAGCACCUGGAUGCCUACAUUCAGGGUGGAAAGAAGGGGACUGACUACACGUCUGGUCUACUCAGUACAGCGUCAAGUAAACUGCUGAAUAUUCUCUUUAAAAUGAUGGCUCCUUGGCAUCACAUUCACAAGAUCACAUCUAUAGGAUGAAUUUGUCAACCACCAAUUACCCAAAAUUAGUCUUCCUAGUUAUUCCUUUUAAACCUGCUUUUUAAUGAAUAGGAGAGAAAAAAUGACUUCAGCUGCCCCAUGUUAGGAAACAUGCACAUAGAUAAUAUAGAAGCCUCAAACAGAUCAAUCAUAGCUUGGUGAGCCUUGCUUUAUGAUAGAUAGAUAGAUAGAUAGAUAGAUAGAUAGAUAGAUAGAUAGAUAGAUAGGCAGGCCGACCAUGUAUUCUUUAAACAAAGAAAAUCCUCUCAGGCAUUUGGCAUAUUCUCCAACUUUCAAAAUAUCCAUUUGUUCUAAAUUAUCUACAGCCUAAGUUCUAUGAAGCAAUGUACUCCUGAACCCUUUUCCUACCCAUAUUUAUUGAACUCAAGCCACUGAGGUGUGAAAUUUGUAGAACACCGUUAUAAAAAUAAAUCUGUUACUCCUAAUCUAUUGUCUCAUCAAAUGAGAUACAAAUUUCUUUUGAGAAAAAAGAAGUCUGCUCAGAAUAGCAGAUGUUUUCAAGGAUUCAGAUAUCCAAUUCAAAUCAUGCCCCACAGACUAUAAUCAGAUAAACCGUGAUACAAGACUCCAAUUGUGUGAACAUUUUUUGAGCCCCUGUUAUGUGUGAAGUGCUUUCAGAAAUUACUCAACAAAGAUCUCCUAAGGACUAGUUAAUACCGUGAAGAAAACUAACCCUAAGCCCCUGUUCUUAUAGUUUGUAAUCUUAUAGGAAAGAUUGAUAAAGGGUAUAAUUAAAAAAACAACAUAAAAAGAUAAAAUACUAGAGUUAAAUAUAUCUAGUGUAGGUGUUAAGUAACAUUUCCUAUACAGCCCCAGAAUGGUGUAAUGUGCUCUAAUUUUUGUAACUGAUCAAACCAUACUUUCGUAGGUCAUCUAUUACAUGUGAUAGAGAAUUCCAUCUUCUGUAUUCACACCACUGUUGAAACAUCAUUCUACAAAAGU